ACCACUCGAGCCUCGUCUUCUCCUCCACUCGCAGACCCAGGUUCUUCUCUCGAGUGUCCAAUUCACAGUGAAGGUCGCAAACAUGCCUUCUCAAGCUCCGCAACAUCAACAGCGGCGCGAAUACGUCCACCCUGCUGCCAGCCAUGCCAAACGAAAAUCCUCGAGUCCCUAUGCAAUAGCGCCCAGCUUCGCCUUCUACUGCUUCCUCCUCGCCGGCUUAGUGUCCGCCUGGUUCGCCCCGAUCCAAGACUGCGACGAGACCUUCAACUACUACGAACCCACCCACUACCUGUCCCACAGCUACGGCCUUCAGACCUGGGAAUACUCCCCGACAUAUGCCAUCCGCAGCUGGUUGUACAUCGCCCUCCAUGCCGUCGUGGGGAAUAUCCGCCGUCUCUUGCCCCGACCGACCAAGGUCGCCGAGUUCUAUUUCAUCCGCUACGGCCUCGCUCUGGCCUGCGCCGUUUGCCAGACCCUCCUCUACUGUGUCGUCAGCACCACCGUCAAUGCCCGCAUUGGAUUCUUCUUCCUCCUGGCCACCGUCCUCAGCGCCGGCAACUUCCACGCCAGCACCGCCUUCCUCCCUUCCAGCUUCGCCAUGUACGCCGCCAUGCUCGGCGCCGCCGCCUGCAUGAACUGGCGCGGAGGUGUCAAGACCGCUCAGGGCAUCACUUGGUUCGCCGUCGGCGCGGUCUUCGGCUGGCCCUUCGCCGCUGCUUUGUGUAUCCCUUUCGUCUUGGAGGAAUUGCUUCUCGCAUUCAUCGGGGACCCUGAGAGCUCUAUCGAGGCCAUCCACCGCCUUGUGCGCGGUGUGGCGGCCAGUUUUAUCCUUUUGUUGGUCGACUCGGGUGUCAACACCUUCUUCUACAGGCACAUCGAGAUUGUCCCCUGGAACAUUGUCAAGUACAACGUGUUCGGCGACACCGGCGGUCCCGACCUCUACGGAACCGAGCCCUGGACAUUCUACUUCCGUAACCUGCUCCUCAACUUCAACAUCUGGUUUGUCCUCGCCCUGCUCUGCCUCCCCAUCUUCCUCCUCCGCAAGAUCGUGGCGCCCUCCUCGCAAGACGUCCGCUCGGGCCUGCGCCUCUUCGUCUUCAUGGCUCCUUUCUACCUCUGGCUCGCCAUCUUUACCCUCCAGCCCCACAAGGAGGAGCGAUUCAUGUAUCCGGCCUACCCAUUCCUCGCCCUCAACGGCGCCAUUGCCCUACACAUCAUCCUCACCUCCCUCGGCCGUGUCAGCGCGGGCACCUUCCUCGGCAAGGUCCCCGCCCGGCUCAGAGCCCUCUCCGUCCUCGCCGUCCUCGGUUUCUCCGCCUUUGUGGCUCUCGCCCGCAUCUACGGCCUAGUCACCGCGUACUCUGCGCCGCUCGAGAUCUACGCCCCUCUCGCCAUCCCCACAUCCGCAGGCGGCGUAGGCGGACACUACGGCGACUUCGUCUGCCUCGGCAAAGAGUGGCACCGCUUCCCGUCCUCCUACUUCCUCCCCGACGACAUGCACGCCAAAUUCAUCCGCUCCGAGUUCCGCGGCCUCCUGCCGGGCGAAUUCUCCGAGGCCGGCACGGGUUUCGGCUUCUGGAGCGGCACCUGGCUGCCCACCAGCGGGAUGAACGACCGCAACCAGGAGGACCCGUCCAAGUACGUCGAUCUCCGCACCUGCUCCUUCCUCGUCGACACCCAGUACCCCGAACGUACCGGCGCGCUCCCGCCCAACGAACCCGACUACGUCGCCGACGAGGAGAAGUGGGCCAUUGUCAAGUGCGUUCCUUUCCUCGACGCCGCCAACACCCAUGUUUUGGCCCGCGCGCUUUGGGUGCCUGAUUCGCCGCUUGUGCCGGAGAGGUAUCAGAGGAAAUGGGGCCGGCACUGUCUCUUGCGACGGAAAGGUUAGAACCUAAUGAUUGAAGAGGGGAAAGAAAGAAUAAAAAGAAAAGGAAGAAGGAAGGAAGAAGGAAUGAAACACCCUGGUAUCGGACUACUAUGUGGAUGAAGAAAGGCGGGAGAGAUACUCCGCGUGUAGACUGCUCAGCUAUGCUGUACCUAGCUCCGUAGACAUUUGUAUAGUAGAGCCUGGGAGAUAGGGCCAGGCAUGGUGAUAAUCUGCAAUGCUUCAUAUGCGGGUUCGUCCUGAGGGAGGAGGGAGGCCAGCUUUCAAAACAACGAAAUGAAAACUGACUUUUGUAAUCGUAUUCCAUUCAUCCA